AUGCUUAGAAAGAUUGGUGGUCUUGAAGCCAAGCCAACAAGAAUGAUGCUUCAGUUGGCAGAUAGAUCCAUCAAAUAUCCAUAUGGUGUAGUAGAAGACGUGGUGGUAAAAAUUGAUAAGCUCCAAUUCCUGGUGGACUUUGUAGUGAUGGAGAUGGAGGAAGAUGUAGAGAUACCACUCAUCCUUGGAAGACCUUUCAAGAAGACAACCAAGGUUGUCAUUCAUGUAGAAGAAGGAACAUUGAAAUUGAAAGACCAAGAAGAUGAGGUAACUUUAAAUGUCUUCCAAGAUGUGCAACCAAUUCAAGAAAAACAAACUAGUCCUAAAACGACAGAUGAAGUUCUAUUAGUGACUAGUCUACCAAAUCAAGCUGCCAAGUUAGUCAAGAGGAGCCUUAAUUGCUUCUCUCCAAAAGUGAAGGGAGGAGGAGAAGAUAAGGAAGAGAAACUAGCUCACCAUAACCUUAUGAUGGAAAGAGAUGAACCCAAACCUGGCAAACUAGUGAGAAUCAGGAAAUAG